AUGCGGGUGCCUGAGAAUGAGGAUAGGCGCGUCGCUCUGGACAUUGCAACCCACGCCUUUGAGGUUCUCCGUACCGCAAACCAGCAGUAUAAAGGAGUGGACUUCUUCGCCAUCGAGGCGAGGCUGCCAGCUGACGGUCUGUCUGCCACUGAGAACUGGUGCGGGGACUACCAGAACCUCUGUGCUGGGUACGGACUGAGGCCGACGGGCUGUGGGGAGACUCAUGCAGUCCAGGGUGUUCAACACAGCGACCCCGGCGCCAUCCGCUGCGUGAGUGAGUACGACUCCGACCCCUACAUCAACAACGUGCUGAGCUGUAGCUCGUCAGUAGCUGUAGCUGAGGUGGCGAACUUGGCUUUCUCAGCCGGGGCUACAUCGUUCAGGAGUUUCGGCUUUCUCAGGUGUGACACCGGGGACUGCAAACGUGGGAUACGCGAGAGUUUUGGGAGCCUGUACAACACAUAUGAUGCCUUUCCUGGAGACGGGAGCGGGGGCAGGAUUGUGUACACCGUAUGCGCAACCUCAGUGGACAUACAUGUAGAUGCCUGUCUGGCCAAUCCGUGUGAUGCCCAGGCCACCUGUACAGAUAAACCUGCCCCUGCCCUGGAUGCAACUUGCACCUGCAACACUGGAUAUACAGGAGACGGUCUCACUAGUGGAACUGGAUGUGCAGACAUCGAUGCCUGUCUGGCCAAUCCGUGUGACGCCCGGGCCACCUGUACGGAUAACCCUGCCCCCGCCCUAGAUGCCACUUGUACCUGCAACACUGGAUAUACAGGAGACGGUCUCAGUAGUGGAACUGGAUGUACAGACAUAGAUGCCUGUCUGGCCAAUCCGUGUGAUGCCCAGGCCACCUGUACGGAUAAACCUGCCCCUGCCUUAGAUGCAACCUGCACCUGCAACACUGGAUAUACAGGAGACGGUCUCAGUAGUGGAACUGGAUGUGCAGUAUUGUCGUCAUCAGCAACCCACGCCUUUGAAGUCCUCCGUACCGCAAACCAGACGUAUAAAGGAGUAGACUUCUUCGCCAUCGAGGCGAGGCUGCCGGCUGACGGUCUGUCUGCCACUGAGAACUGGUGCAGGGACUACCAGAACCUCUGUGCUGGGUAUGGACUGAGGCCAACGGGCUGUGGGGAGAAUAAUGCAGUCCAGGGUGGGACAGGCAGCGACCCCGUGUACAUCCGCUGCGUGAGUGAGUACGACUCCGACCCCUACAUCAACAACGUGCUCGGCUGUCUCCCGUCUGUCGGCGUAUUUGUUGUGGCGAACUUGGCUUUCUCAGCCGGGGCUACAGUGGACAGGAGUUUCGGCUUUUACAGGUGUUACGCCGAGAACUGCCGACGUGGGAUAGGCGGGAGUUACUGGAGCCUGCACAGGACAACAGCGGCCUUUCCUGGAGACGGGAGCGGAGACAGGAUUGUGUACACCGUGUGCGCAGGUUCAGCGGUUUUCUUCUUUAUCUAUGCACCAAGUGUACUCAAAUAG